ACCAGCUUGCUGUGACCUGCUCUUCCACUCUCUCCUCUGAGGAGUUCCAUAAAAGUCCUGUGAUCAACUUGUUCUUCAAAUAUUCAUUUUAUCAACCUGUUCAAACAAUUCCGUGAACUACUUACUAUCCAAACAGUUCCGUGAACUACCUACUAUCCAAACAGUUCUGUGAACUACCUACUAUACAAAUAGUUCCGAGAAGUAUUCUUACUCCAAAUUGUCGUGUGUAAAUCCCUCUAGCCUAACAUCUCUCUACCAAUAAACAACGUUUUUCCUUAAAGAUGUGUGACACACAAGCAGAAGGGGCAAUGAAUGGCUGGCAUGCAGAAGAGGCAGUGAAUGGCUGGCAUGCAGAAGAGGCAGUGAAUGGCUGGCAUGCAGAAGAGGCAGUGAAUGGCUGGCAUGCAGAAGAGGUAGUCAAUGGCAGGCAAGCAGACAAGGCAAUAGAUAGGCAGCAAUUAGAAGAGGUGAAUGAGACUCCACAAAAAACAUAUCGAAGUCUCAUCACAGAGUCGCAUGUCAAAAAAGCCCUGAAGUCACAACAAGGCAGCAGUGCACAGCUGCUCUCAUGGACUGUUACAGACUUCACUGACAGAGGCGACAACUAUGCAUGCGUCGUGACAAGUGUAGAUGUUCGUUAUCAUAAAGAAGGAAAAGACAGGAAAACCUCAUUUGUAGUGAAAUGUAAUCCAUGUCGGGUCCUCCCAUUCUUCAAUGGAUUUUCGACCAUAAUUUUUCAGAAGGAGGCAGGAUAUUACCUGGAACUUUUGCCCUUACUCAACGUUCAGCUCAGUCAUGUAGGACGUGAACCAAUACGGGCUCCUCACUGUUACUUUGCUCAUAUUACUGAGAAAGAGGAAGUUAUAUUCCUUGAAGAUUUGCGUCAGGAAGGUUUCAAAAUGUUUGACCGUAUGAAAGGAAUGGACAAGGCUCACGCUGUCCUUGUCCUCAAGGAACUAGGCAAACUUCACGCUGCCUCUAUCUUAUAUCAGAAAGAAGCAUCAAUAGUAUUAGAAGACAAGUACACAUAUAUUCAGAAAGACUUUCACUCAAUGCUUGGAGGCGAUGACUUUAAGAAAAUGCUUAGUUCACAAGCUCAGAAUGCAGCAGAGAUAGCAGAGAGAAUCGUUGGAUACAAAAAAGUCGCUGAUUGGCUGAAAGACUUUGCACCAAGUAGCAUGGACGUCUUCGUGGAGCAAAUUAAGAGGAGUCCUCCCUUUGAUGUGCUUUGUCAUGGUGACUGCUGGAACAACAACAUCUUGUUCAAGUACGAUGAGACAGGUGUCCCGGUCGAUGUAAGACUGCUGGACUUCCAAAUCAGUCGCAAAGCCUCGCCAGCCACAGACCUCAACUACUUCAUGUACACCAGUUUCAAUGGUCCUGAAAGGAAGGACAAUUUGGAAACCUUCUUGAAUGUUUACUAUGAGUCCUUAAGAGAGGUGCUGGAGGCAGGAGGAACCAAAGCUGAGUUUACAUCUCAGGAACUACGAGAGGAAUAUCACAAGAAGAACUUGUUUGGUUUGAUAAUGGCAAUGAUGGUUGUACCUGUUGUGGUGAGUCAGGCAGCGGAUGUGAUUGAUCUGGAUAAUACAACCGAAGGAGAACAUGAAACCUUUGUAGAGUAUCUCAGGGAGAAAAUGUUGAAACAACUGGAUAGUAAUCCACUGCUGCGACCCCGAUUUAUUUCUAUAUUUGAUGAGAUGUUAGAAUAUGGAGUAAUAUCUUAGUUGGUAAUCUUAAACAGAUCUUGUUACGGAGUUAUGGAACACAUAGUAUUAGUAGUUAAAGAUUGUUGAAUAAUGUCUAAAAUGGAAGAAACGUUUGUAUAUUUGAUAUUUUAGAAAUUCAAAUUCAAGUUAAAAUUAAAAAUUUAUUUCCACGUGAUUCAUUGUACAUAAAUGGGUGAUGACCGAUAAUGCAUGUAGAAAGUCCAUAGUUACGUAGAGCAUUUCUGUGGCAAGCUUAAGCCUAACUUAAGACUACAUGGGUAACAAGC